AUGACUAGUUCAUUGAAUGGAGUUGGUGGUGCUAUCUCUAUUUGCUGCUUUUCUUCGAAUAUUGAAAUCACAAAUUGUAAAUUUGAUUUUUGUAGGUCAAUGAGUUCAGCAAAGAGAAUUUGUGGUGGUUGUAUAAAUAUUGUUGGUCAUAGCACAUCUACAAUCAUUAGAAAUGUUUAUGCAUCAGAUUGUUUGGCUGGAAGAGGUCAUUUCUGUGAUAUUUAUUCUGAUAAUUUGACUAAUUUAACAAUGGUGACAAUUUCUAAAUGUUCUUCUUUAACUGAAUACACGGAUGCAGUUACUAGUUACAUUUACUUUGAUAAUAUUCAUAAAUCAUGUAACAUAUCAAACAAUUACAUGCGAGAAGUAAUGAUUUGGUCAUAUCUAAGAAGCGAAUUUAAAGAUUGUGUUAUUGCAUCAAACAAAUUGAUUGAAGGAGAAUCAUAUAUUUCGAGUUCAUUUUUAUCUUUAACAAGUUGUUUUGUUUACAACAAUAGUUAUAAUAGUACUAAUAAUAUAAUAACAUUUAAAUAUGAUGAAUUUGAACUUCAUAACUGUUAUUUGCUUAUUGAAGAAAACUACAACUUUUCCAAUUCCAUUGUUUCUAAUUCAUCAAUCAACAAUAUUACUUUAGAAGAAAUUCAUAAGCUUGCAAUUUCAAAGAAUAUUGGAUGUAAUUUAAGUUUAAUUAAGUAUGCAGCAGCAUUUGCAUUAUGGAAGAUUAUUGUAAUUGUUUUAAGUAUUCUUCUUUUGAUUGCAAUAAUCGCUGUUUAUUUCAUUGUUGGUCAAAAUCGCAAAUACAAGCGUUUGGAAGAUAGAAUUAAUCUUGAAAAUGUUUAUAAUAAGGAUUUCGGAUAA